AUGGCGAACCUCGUCAACAAGGCAAAGGACGUCCUCACCGGCGGCAAGACUCAUCAUGAUACCACAACAACUUCCUCGGCUCAUGGCACUACUGGCCCUCACCAUUCCGCCGCAGCCAACACGCUAGAUCCAACUGUCGGCACGACAACGGGACCGAGCCAUACUGCUCCUACGCACCACAAGACCACGGGCGGGCCACAUUCUUCUAACCUGAUGAACAGAGCCGACCCUCGCGUCGACUCGGACCUUGACCAUCGAGCCAACCCACACACCGCAGUGCCAGGACAGGGUAGCCCUACCUCGUCGACAGCCACUACCGGGCCGCAUUCUUCCAACAUGAUGAACAAAGCCGACCCUCGCGUUGAUUCAGACUAUGAUCACCGAGCCAACCCACACUCCGCAGUGCCAGGACACGGUAGUACUACCUCGUCGACAGCCACUGCCGGGCCACACUCUUCCAAUAUGAUGAACAAGGUCGACCCUCGCGUGGAUUCCGAUUUUGAUCACAGAGCCAACCCCAAUUCCAAUGUGCCAGGAUACGGUAGUGGCACAUCAGGCUACGGCACAGCAGGUCAUGGCACGGCAGGUCACGGCACAUCAGGCUAUAGCACAGCAGGUCACGGCACGACAGGCCACGGCACCACAUCAACUUCCACGUCGGGCCCACAUAACUCAAAUAUCGCGAACAAGGCUGAUCCACGUGUUGAGUAG